GGGGUGGGGUGGGGGACUCGCCCCACCCCUCUUUCCUCCUGUCCCAGCCACGAGUCCGUCGCCUUGCCGUUUUUCCGUGACCAGACCAGAGCAUCUUCUCCCAGCCUCGGUUGCUGCGACGUGCGUGCCCACCUACCUUCAGGCUUCCUUCCAGACGUGCACCCUGCACCCCGCUCUGGAAAUCUUUGCACGAUGCCAGUAACCCGCUCAAAGUCCGUGGGAAACACCUCCGCCUUGACUUCUCAGCUGGGCAUUGUCCGUCUGCUGGAGGUCGUCUUCACGUGUGUCACCUUCAGCCUGGUGGUCCACAUCGACAGGUGGUAUGGUCGCAAUGGUGACUGGUGCAUGUUCUCGUGGUGCACUUGCUUCGCCGUCACUAUUGUCAUCUUGGUGGUGGAGUUUGCCGGCCUCCAGCACCGCAUGCCAGUUUCCUGGAAGAACUUCCCUAUCACGUUCGCCAUGUAUGCCACCCUGAUGUGCCUCUCAGCUUCCAUCAUCUACCCGGUCACCUUCAUUCAGAACCAAAAUCCCCCCCGCAGAGAACGUCCGUACCUCAUUUCUGCCACGGUGUUCUCAUGCCUCUCCUUCUUGGCAUACUCCACAGAGGUCGGCAUAACCAAAGCGAAACCAGGAGAAGUCACCGGCUACAUGGCCACUGUCCCUGGGCUGCUCAAGGUGGUGGAGACCUUUAUUGCCUGCAUCAUCUUCGUCUUCAUCAGCUCUCCGGUUUCCUACGACAGAGAAGGAGCUCUCCAGUGGUGCAUGGCUGUCUACUGCAUCUGUUUCAUCCUCUCACUGUUGGUCAUCAUCCUCUGCAUUGGCGAAUGCACUGGCUGGCUGCCAUGUCCGUUCAACAAGUUCCUCAGUGGCUAUACGCUCUUGGCUGUGCUCAUGUACGCGACAGCCACCAUCAUCUGGCCCAUCUAUCAGUUCGACAGGAAGCAUGGUGGCCAGUCAUCUCGACCCUAUGGUUGCAGUUCAACCACAAUGUGUGUCUGGGACAAGCUUGUUGCUAUAGCUGUCCUGACAGCCAUCAAUCUCCUGGUUUACGUGGCUGACCUGGUGUAUUCCGCACGGCUGAUAUUCAUCCAAGGGUAGAGAACAGCUGGUGGCAACGAGAGUCAGGACAGAGAAGGUCAAGAAGGAGGGAGGAUGUAAAGAGAUGAGGAAGGGGAGCAGAAGGGGAAAGGAAAGGCACCUUUUAAGCAUUGCCUUCCCGUCUUUUUCCAUGCUCUCACCCUCUUCUUUUUGCUUUUGUCUCUUCCACUCUUCCAUUUUUCUUUCUUUCCAUUAAUCUUUUCUCAUUUUUACAUUCCUCCUUCCCAGUUAAACUCUUUUGGUUUCACCUUGUGCUCGUCACUUGUUGCACGCUCGAUCUUUUCUCCAGCCCGCCCCCCCCUGCUGUUUGCACAAGUGUGUCUGUUUCAAAACCUCGCCCGCUUCCCAUGCUCAUUCUGCCCCCUUCAUUCCUUGCCCUUUGCACGAGCAUCGUUUCUUUUUUGCAUGCUUUUCCUUUGCCACUCCCUGUACAUUCGCAAGGCGUGGCUAGUUAAGAGCUCCAACAUUCAGGGUUUUGAGGGUGGUGCUGUUUGUUUUCUAAUGGUGGUACUGGAGGUGCACAUCCCUGUGGGGGGGGGAGAAGUACACUGGGGGCAUUAUCCUAGAUUGAAGGAGAUUGCCAGAGUAUUCCCAUGUUGAUCCCCGGCCAGAUGUUUUUAUAUGAACACAAGACCUUCCUGCGUUCUUCUUGUACAGUUCAUAGGCACAUCUUUCUCUUCCAUUGCAUGCAUGCUCCUUCACCAGCCACGAAAUCUGCCACCUUCAUGACUGCUCUGUCCAGGCUGCCAGCUUGCAUUUUUGAUAGUUGCAUGGGUGUGUGUGCGUGUUUGUAGGGAGAGAGGACCCUGGCUUACUCAAAUGCGUAUAACUAGCAUCUUCUUUUCAAAGGGCAAGGGGAUCCUGGUUGGGGCUGAGAGGGCAUUAAAUGUGCCGGAGCCUUGAGAGAACAUACCUCUCUGCUUGCAGACAGGAAGGGUUGAGAGAGCUCUCCUUUAAUUAACACAUUUGCCUGGCAGUUUAAAAAA